AUGAAAUUCUUCGAUAUAUUUUUUGCAACUCAUUUCUUUGUAUUAAUUUUAUCAAUCAGAGCUCAUACACCAGGAACAGUAACUAUUGAUAGCUUGACAUUUAACAAAAUUGUUCGAAAUUUUGAUGUUGUCUUAGCUAAGUUUGAUGAUAAAUAUCCUUAUGGUGAACAUCAAGAUCAAUUUAAAAAAUUCGCUGAAAGCGUAGCUAAUACAAAAAAUCUUCUUUUAGUUGAAAUUCCAGUAACAGAUUAUGGUGAAAAAGAAAAUCAGCAAUUAGCAACUGAAUUUAAAGUAACCAAGACUGAUUUUCCUGUCUAUAAAUUAUUUCUUAAAGGAAAAUAUAAACCGAUUAAUUAUACUGGUGAUAAAACUGAAGAUGGUCUUAAACAUUUUCUUUCACAGCAUACAAGUAAAGAAUAA